CCCAAAUUUACCCAGACAAAUCAAUCGAUAUCCCUGAUCGGAGUUUAUUUAAUUCGAUUUAUAAAACUCAGUUCUCGUGUUUUCAAAGUAAAUUAAACUUUUCUUUCUCCACCCCUUCAUUUAGUUAUACAUGACUUCCAGCAAUUUAGACUUGGUGCAAGUCUACACCAAAGGAGUCAAGGCCUGGUUUCCUGAUGAUACUCUCGGUUGGACCUCAGCUACUGUUGUUUCGAAAGAAGAACAAGCAGAGUUUAUCAAAAUUAUCUUUCAAGAUGACAAUGACUCUGAAAAGCAACAUGUAUUUGAAUCCAAAAAAAGCGAACUUCCCCAAGCUACACUUCCUCCACUUCGCAAUCCGCCAAAAAUGGAAAACACAGACGACUUGACAAACCUUAGUUACUUGAACGAACCUUCAGUGCUCCAUACUAUUAAAACCCGAUAUGAUCAGCACCAUAUCUAUACAUACUCUGGUAUCGUCCUAAUCGCUGCUAAUCCAUUCGCACGAGUAUCGCUUUAUGAUCCUGAGAUGAUUCAAAAAUACUCUGGCAGUCGAAGAGAAGACCUCGAACCUCACUUGUUUGCUAUUGCCGAAGACGCCUAUCGAUGCAUGAUUCGUGAUAACAAGAACCAAACGAUUAUUGUAUCAGGAGAAAGUGGUGCUGGUAAGACAGUAAGUGCAAAGUAUAUUAUGCGAUAUUUUGCAACAGCCGAUGAUACGUCAAGCGCUGGUGUAGAAUCAAUGACAGAGGUCGAAAAACAGAUUUUAGCCACCAAUCCCAUUAUGGAAGCAUUUGGUAACGCUAAGACAACCAGAAAUGAUAACUCAUCUCGUUUUGGUAAAUAUAUCGAAAUCGAGUUUGAUCAUCAACGAAACAUCGUUGGUGCCAAAAUCAGGACUUAUUUGCUGGAACGAUCUCGUCUCAUUUUCCAACCUGCCACUGAACGAAAUUAUCACAUCUUUUACCAGUUGUGUGCAGGAGCUAGUGAUACUGAAAAGAAGGAGUUGGCCCUUAAAGAGUGGUCAGAGUUCCACUAUUUGAAUCAAAGUGGCACAGGUGUUAUUCCUUCUGUAGAUGAUGCACAGGAAUUUCAAGAGACCAAGAAUGCGUUGGUAACGAUUGGUGUCCCACCCGAGGUUCAAGCAGAUAUCUUUCGAUUACUCGCCGCUUUACUUCAUCUAGGUGAUAUCGAAAUUGGAGGCCGUACAGAUGCAAGUGUUGCUGAUGAUGAACCUUCACUGCUCAAGGCCACUCAACUUCUCGGCCUAGACACGAUGGAAUUUAGAAAGUGGAUCCUUCGUAAACAGAUCGUAACACGUUCCGAAAAGAUUGUCAGCAACCUCUCAGUCACACAGUCUCAAGUUGUUAGAGAUUCCGUGGCCAAGUUCAUCUAUGCCAAUCUUUUUGACUGGCUCGUCACCUUAAUUAACAAGAGCUUAUCGUGCCCUCAGACUGAUCUAAUUGCCAACUUUAUUGGUGUGUUGGAUAUUUACGGCUUUGAACAUUUCCAAAAGAACUCAUUUGAACAGUUCUGUAUCAACUAUGCCAAUGAAAAGCUUCAGCAACAGUUCAAUCAACAUGUCUUCAAGUUGGAACAGGAAGAGUACGUCAAGGAGCAGAUUGACUGGAAGUUUAUCUCGUUUAGUGACAAUCAAAAGUGUAUCGAGCUGAUCGAAUCCAAGAUGGGUAUUCUUUCACUUCUGGAUGAAGAAUCACGAUUACCUUCUGGCACAGAUCAAGGAUUCUGUAACAAGUUGUAUCAAACAUUCAAGACAGAUUACCAAGACUAUUUCAAGAAACCUAGAUUCUCAAAUAACGCCUUUACUGUCGCACACUAUGCUCAUGAUGUACAAUACGAAGCUGAGGGAUUUUUGGAUAAGAACAAGGACACUGUUCCUGACGAAUUACUCAAUCUGCUUCAAGCAUCUCAGUUCACUUUCCUUUCAGACAUGCUUCAGCCUACCACUGCACCAUCCACACCAACAACGGAACAACCACCUGUCCGAAAAUCAAUGAACCAAGCCAAGAAACCGACACUAGGCUCAAUCUUUAAGCUUUCACUCAUCAAUUUGAUGGACACAAUUGGUGAAACUAAUGUUCAUUAUAUUCGAUGUAUUAAGCCUAAUGAAGCCAAGGCAGCAUGGGAGUUUGAUCCCAACAUGGUCCUUUCUCAGCUUCGUGCUUGUGGUGUCUUGGAAACAAUUCGUAUCAGUUGUGAAGGUUAUCCUACAAGAUGGACCUUCCAAGACUUUGCCGAUAGAUACUAUGCACUCAUUCCCUACUCUUACUGGGAUCCUAAGAGUAACCCUGACGUGAAGCAAAUUUGCCGUGUUAUUCUGGAUACACAUGUGAAUGAUACCAAUAAAUACCAAAUUGGUCUUAGCAAGAUCUUUUUCCGUGCUGGCCAGCUUGCAUAUAUGGAAAAACUGAGAUCAGACAAAUUGAAUAUGUGCGCCACAGCUAUACAGAAGCAUGCACGUCGAUAUCUUGCUCGUCUUCAUUAUAUGCGUGUGAGAAAGCUUGUACUGAUGUUACAGAGUGUUGCACGUCGUGAGCUAGGCAAGCAAAAAUUAGAACUGUUGCGUCAAGAGCAUGCAGCGACGGUGAUUCAAACAAAUUGGAGAAGAUAUAUCGCUCGCAAACGAUAUUUGAAGAUCAGAGGAUUUAUUGUUCAGCUUGAAGCUGUAUGCCGCGGCUGGGUCGCUAGAAAGCGCCAUCAAGUAUUAAAGAAGGAGCAUGCGGCAAUUAUGAUUCAAAAGAUGGCACGAGGAUGGAUAGCACGUAAACGAUACCAGGCGAUACGACAGUAUGUGAUCAGUAUCCAAACAUGUAUUCGAAGACGUCAGGCACGUAAGCAAUUAGUGAUGCUACGAGCGGAGGCAAGAUCAGUGAGUCACUUGAAAGAAGCAUCAUACAAGUUAGAAUCGAGAGUAGUAGAUUUAAUUGCCAACCUGACACAACAAAGAGAAGAAAAGUCUAAAUUAAAACUUCAAGCGAUUGAAAUAGAAAACCGUAUCAAGAACUGGAUACAAACCUAUGACAAGGUAGAUCAAAGAGCCAAGUCAUUAGAACAAAACUUUGGCAAACAAGAUGAACUUGAAGAUUCAAAAUGGAAAGAACUCAAGAAGAAAAGAGAAGCACUUCAGAAUGAAUAUAUUAGUACACUAAAUAAGAUCAAGGGACAAGAUAAGGAAUUGAUGAGAUUAAAAGAAGAAUUACUUCAUCAAAAGGAUGAUGUAGCCAAGUUAAAGAUUGCGACAAAAAAGACAAAUGAGACUGAUAUCAUUGAGCUGAAGAAUCAAAUAUCAGCCUUAAAAGCAGCCACAGAAUAUAAAUUAUUUGUGCAAUAAAAGGAGGAAAAUUGAUUAUUAUUUUUAUUAUUAUUUUAUUAUCG